AUGGGUCGAAAAUUAAAGUCACCUCCACAAAUCCUCGAGGCGUAUCCCCGCUAUGUCGAUUCGCUCACGUCACAGGAUCUCGCAGGGCGCGGCUUAUCAAUCACCGCUGAUGGAAAGCCACUAGACCGUGGGGAAGAUAUAGCUGUUGCUAUGUGCGAUGCUUUCAGAAUGGGGUCGUCUGUUUUCACACAUUUUCGCAUCUGA